AUGGAUAUAACUAUGGGAUACCGUGUGGGUACACGGCCUCCUCCUUCUUGCCUCAUCCUCUUGCUUCUCAAGCUUUUGGCCACGGUCUCCCAGGGGCUGCCGGGGACCGGGCCCCUGGGCUUCCAUUUCACGCACUCCGUGUACAAUGCUACCGUGUAUGAGAACUCAGCAGCAAGGACCUACGUCCACAGCCAAGGUAGAAUGGGCAUCACCUUGAUAGAUCUGUCCUGGGAUGUCAAGUACAGAAUUGUGUCUGGAGACGAGGAAGGCUUCUUCAAAGCAGAGGAAGUCAUUAUAGCAGACUUCUGUUUCCUCAGAAUAAGAACUAAGGGUGGCAAUUCGGCCAUUUUGAACAGGGAAAUUCAGGACAAUUAUUUAUUGAUAGUAAAAGGUUCUGUCAGAGGAGAGGAUCUGGAAGCAUGGACCAAAGUGAACAUACAGGUUUUAGAUAUGAACGAUCUGCGACCUUUGUUUUCACCCACAACGUACUCCGUUACAAUCGCAGAAAGCACACCUUUAAGGACUAGUGUUGCCCAAGUGACAGCAACAGAUGCCGAUAUCGGCUCCAAUGGAGAAUUCUAUUACUACUUUAAAAACAAAGUUGACCUCUUUUCAGUUCACCCCACAAGUGGAGUCAUCUCUUUAAGCGGACGGUUAAAUUAUGAUGAAAAGAAUAGGUAUGAUCUGGAAAUUUUGGCUGUGGACCGGGGCAUGAAGCUCUACGGAAACAAUGGAGUGAGCAGUACCGCGAAGCUUUAUGUUCACAUUGAACGUAUAAAUGAACAUGCCCCAACUAUCCACGUGGUCACUCACAUUCCUUUCUCCCUGGACAGAGAGCCGACCUACGCAGUGGUGACAGUCGAUGACCUUGACGAGGGGGCCAAUGGAGAGAUUGAGUCUGUUUCCAUUGUUGCUGGGGAUCCUUUAGAUCAGUUCUUCCUGGCUAAGGAAGGCAAGUGGAUGAAUGAGUAUAAGAUUAAGGAGAGAAAGAAGGUUGACUGGGAGAGCUUUCCUUAUGGCUACAAUCUCACUCUACAAGCAAAAGACAAGGGGUCACCUCAGAAAUUUUCAUCAGUAAGGAUAGUCCACAUUGCCAACCCCCAAAGAGACAGUGUCCCAGUUAGGUUUGAGAAAGAAAUGUAUGAUGUGAGCAUUAGUGAAUUUUCCCCUCCUGGUGUCGUGGUUGCUAUAGUAAAAUUAAGUCCCGAACCGCUGGAUGUGGAAUACAAAUUAUCUCCUGGCGAGGAUGCACAGUACUUCAGAAUUAAUCCUCGGUCAGGUCUGAUUGUCACAGCACAGCCACUGAAUACUGUUAAGAAGGAGGUUUAUAAACUGGGCGUGACAAACAAGGAAGGAGAUUUAAAAGCACAAGUUACCGUUGGCAUAGAAGAUGCGAAUGACCACACCCCAGAAUUUCAGCAGCCGCUGUAUGAUGCUUUUGUGAAUGAAAGUGUUCCGGUGGGCACAAGCGUUCUGAUGGUUUCGGCUUCUGAUAAGGAUAAAGGGGAAAAUGGGUACAUCACCUAUAGUAUUGCCAGUCUGAAUCUGUUACCAUUUGCCAUUAACCAGUUUACAGGUGUUAUUAGCACAACUGAAGAAUUGGAUUUUGAAUCCUCUCCAGAAACCUACAGGUUCAUCGUAAGAGCCUCUGACUGGGGUUCGCCAUACCGCCAUGAAAGUGAAGUAAACGUGACCAUUCGAAUAGGAAAUGUCAAUGACAACAGCCCUCUCUUUGAAAAAGUGGCUUGCCAGGGAGUUAUUUCAUAUGACUUUCCGGUUGGGGGUCACAUCACAGCUGUCUCAGCAAUUGAUAUUGAUGAACUUGAACUUGUAAAGUACAAAAUCAUCUCUGGAAAUGAACUCGGUUUCUUUUAUUUAAACCCAGACUCUGGUAUUUUACAGCUUAAAAAGUCACUGAUGAAUUCUGGCAUCAAAAAUGGUAAUUUUGCCCUCAGGAUUACAGCAACCGAUGGAGAGAAUUUUGCAGACCCCAUGUCUGUUAACAUUUCAGUCCUGCAUGGGAAGGUGUCUUCAAAGAGCUUCAGUUGCCGAGAAACUCGUGUGGCUCAGAAGCUGGCAGAGAAGCUACUCAUAAAGGCAAAAGCAAAUGGGAAACUGAAUCUGGAAGAUGGAUUUCUUGACUUUUAUUCAGUUAAUAGGCAAGGGCCGCAUUUUGACAAGUCAUUUCCUUCUGAUGUGGCUGUGAAGGAGAAUCUGCCCAUUGGUGCUAACAUCCUGAAGAUCAAAGCCUAUGAUGCCGACUCUGGCUUUAAUGGAAAGGUGCUAUUUACAAUAUCUGAUGGGAAUACGGAUAGUUGCUUUAAUAUCGAUAUGGAGACUGGGCAACUUAAAGUCCUUCUGCCUAUGGACCGAGAGCACACAGACCUCUAUCUCCUUAAUAUCACCAUCUAUGACUUAGGUAAGCCACAAAAAUCCUCAUGGAGGUUGCUAACCAUCAAUGUGGAGGACGCUAAUGAUAAUAGCCCAAUUUUUCUUCAGGACAGCUAUUCAGUUAAUAUUCUUGAAAGUUCAAGUAUUGGUACCGAGAUUAUUCAAGUGGAAGCCAGAGACAAAGACUUGGGUUCCAAUGGUGAAGUGACUUAUUCAGUCUUGACAGAUACACAGCAGUUUGCUAUCAACAGCUCAACUGGAAUCGUUUAUGUAGCUGACCAGUUGGACCGGGAAUCUAAAGCAAACUACUCUUUAAAAAUAGAAGCCAGAGACAAGGCAGAAAGUGGCCAGCAGCUAUUUUCGGUUGUCACUCUCAAGGUUUUUUUAGAUGAUGUCAAUGACUGUUCCCCGGCUUUCAUUCCCAGUAGCUAUAGUGUGAAGGUUCUUGAAGAUCUCCCCGUUGGCACUGUCAUUGCCUGGCUGGAGACCCAUGAUCCAGAUCUUGGGCUAGGGGGUCAAGUGCGCUAUUCUUUGGUCAAUGACUAUAAUGGGAGAUUUGAAAUAGAUAAAGCAAGUGGUGCCAUUCGCUUGAGCAAGGAGCUGGACUAUGAGAAGCAGCAGUUCUACAACCUCACGGUUCGGGCCAAAGACAAAGGGCGACCGGUCUCUCUGUCAUCUGUUUCCUUUGUGGAGGUGGAGGUGGUGGAUGUCAACGAAAACCUCCAUACUCCCUAUUUCCCAGACUUUGCUGUUGUUGGAUCUGUAAAAGAAAACUCACGCAUGGGAACAAGCGUACUGCAGGUGGCGGCCCGAGAUGAGGACUCCGGGAGGGAUGGAGAGAUCCAGUACUCCAUCAGGGAUGGCAGUGGUCUUGGACGGUUCAGUAUAGAUGACGAGAGCGGAGUCAUCUCUACAGCAGACAUUCUUGAUCGAGAGACAACGGGGUCAUACUGGCUGACCGUGUACGCCACAGAUCGGGGCGUGGUUCCACUUUAUUCCACCAUUGAGGUCUACAUUGAAAUUGAAGAUGUGAAUGACAAUGCCCCACUGACCUCAGAACCUAUCUAUUAUCCUGUUGUCAUGGAAAACUCUCCAAAGGAUGUAUCUGUCAUUCAGAUCCAGGCUGAGGAUCCAGACUCCAGUUCCAAUGAGAAACUGACAUACAGGAUUACAAGUGGGAAUCCCCAGAAUUUUUUUGCCAUCAAUACCAAAACAG